AUGUCUUAUCCAUUGCACGAGAAGCCCCGGAUGGCUAAAUCUCGUGGAUCUGAGGAAGAGUUUGUCCUGUUUCUUCAGGGGGUUCCAGCUCGCUGUCGCUGGCAAGAGCUCAAAGAUCUAGUCCGCCAAACUGCGCUGCACAUUCGACAAGCAGUGGUCUACGAUGACCAUCGUGGAUUUCCCACUGGGCUGGGACAGAUUAUUGUGAAGAAUGAGGACGAAGCUUGGCGGACAUAUCACAGGUUGUCCACCACCGGUUGGGAAGGACAAAGCCUGGUUGUUACUCUUGCGCGGACGAGCUCGCCAACUGAGCCCAUUGCUGGGCCUACCAAGAGCCCACCCUGUAUCAUGCAACCUAACUAUCUAGCAGGGUAUUCAACACCAUCAGGAGUGCCCCGACAUGUCGCUAUGCCACCGUCACCGAUAGCUACAGACUCUGUUGUACCGCCGAGUCCGACUUACCAGAGCUCGGAAUAUAGCACUAUGCUCAACCCGAUAUUUCUCUCUCACCAACCCUUCAUGCCGAUGUUUCCAGACCCAUCAUGUCAACUAGUCCCAGCCGUACCGAAUUCACCUACCCUUCAACCCUCACUCUGCGACCCGAUGGGAUACGGAUUUAUUCCUACAUUUACUAUGUCCCACCAAAUGCAGCAACCCGCCGUAGCAAACAGCACCGCCACUCGCAAAGGCUACUACAGUUACAAUAACCGUCAUCCGCAAACAUAUCCGCGACAAAACCUCCGCCGUGGCAUCGUGAUCCAGAACCUCAACCCAGCCACAACGGACCAGGACCUGUACAGCCUACUACAAGAAACCGUCACCGUGGAACACUGCGAGAUACUGCCGAUGUACACGAGCUUCAAUGCCGCCCGGAACAGAGCCACUGCGCGUGUUACACUUCGCUCUUCAGAAGAAGCAAAACGCGCUGUGACCCUGUACAACAACUACUCUUUCAUGCGCUUCAGAAUCCGCGUCAAGAUCGACAAGAACAUUCCGCCCACUUUACCAUAUAAUCUUGCCUCUGAUAUAUAUACCCCUGGCCAUAGUGAUUUAUCUACAUCUGCAUACAGAGAAACUCAGCUUCAGUUCACUCCGCCGACAACCGAGAGUUCAAGUUCAGACACAGACGAGCUAACCCAAAGCCACGAGGCUGUGCAGGACAACGCCACAGAGUUGAGUCCUAAAUCAAAGACAAAACAACUCGACAGCUUUCAGCCGCUGGUCGUGAAUGGGUCUGGAAUCGGAGGAGGUACUGCUGUUGUGACUUGA